GUGUGUGUGUGUGUGUUUUGUGAAUAGAGCUCUGUUGUUUUUCCUUAUGUCAGGAUAUUUGCAUUAGGAAGUAUGAUGCAGAUUGAUUUGUUUGAUAUGGAUCAGGACACCUGUGAAUUUAGAAAACAGAAACGGCACACUGUUGAAGACAGACGUCAAAGACGAAGAGAUGUCACGGAUUUUGAGUCCGCUCCUGUCGACUCGUGAGAAUGGCCUUCUCUGCAGUUUACUUAGUCAUGAUUGCAGUGUUUUAGCAUGUGGUAUUGUCCAGCUGGUAAUUGCAGAGAAAAAGGAGUGGAAAAGUCACAGUUUUGGAGUUUUAUGUCUGGUGCAAGAUACCUCCAUUCAUUCAACAUUCAUGAGACUCUACUGUCUUAAGCAAAAGGCCAAGCUGCAAUGGGAACAGGAGCUGUAUACACCAUUUGUGUACUCAGAAACUUGUCCUUAUUUCCACACCUUUCCUGGUGACGAGUGUCAGAUAGGAAUAAACUUUGCGGACGAAGGUGAGGCCAAGCAGUUCUACAUUGCUAUGCAGAAGCAGAUCAGUGACAACAAAGCAUCUCACUCGGGACUUACACGCAGAUACAGUGUGGGGGCUAUUUCUGAUUGGAAAGACAAGCUUGACAAUUGUCUUAGAGGACAUGAAGUGCAAAAGAGUCUUUCUCUAAGAAGUGCAUCCAGAGUUCCACCCCAUCUUGAUUCAGAUGCAACAUUUCCAGAGAGCAAGUCCAGCCAAAUAAAUAACUCAUCGCAGACUCUCUCCAGCAUUAACGAAGAGUCGAUCUCGCUCGCCCAGAGGAAAGGGCCCCUCCCACCUCUUCCCCUUCAUGCCAGGGCAGCCAUGCUGAAGUUGAAUCGCAGUUCUAGCAUGCAACAGUUUGACUCCACCAUUGCUGUUCCAUCAGGGGUUCCACCCCCUCCAUCUUACCGGGCUCCCACAACCCCUCUAAGUUCAGCUGUUAAAGAUCACUCUUCAGCUAGAAGGAAGCAAACUUUUCAUGCUGGCAUCGAGGAUGAAUCUGGCUAUGAUGAUUACCUUUAAAACCACCAUCCUCUCCAUCAUAAGGGACUUUAUGACACAGCAAAAGAAGGAUCUGGUCAUGUUAUCCCACUAUUCCCUCCGGACACUUAACACAUUGAAUAUAUAUCUUUAUAUGAUAGGAAUCUCUGCACCACAAUGUGGUUCUUUUUUAUGAAUUGAUGCAGUGAAGUAGUCAAAUCUAAUAAAAACAUAACAGUGGCCCCGAACAGUUUCUGAACUAAAGAGAACUGCAAAGUGUCUAAAUACUUAGUCUUAAGUUUGUCCAUUGUUUUGGAAUUUAAAACCUCAAUAAAUUCAUUUUUGUGAAA